AAUUCAACUAACCGGAAAAGCGCUUUAUCCCUGUAGUGGCUGUGAGUGGCUGGCUGCUGGUGCUAAAGUCUGUCAGUGCAAUAAACAACAUGUAUUGAUUUAGUUUCGUUAUCAAGGGGCCCAUGAAUUGAUUGACAGUGGAUUUGACAGACCCUUGUCCAGUUAAGUAUGGCAGAGGAGUUUUUAAUGGAGGUGUGUGUGGACUCCGUGGAGUCGGCUGUCAAUGCUGAACGAGGAGGUGCAGGUCGGCUUGAAUUAUGUACUAGUCUUCUGGAGGGAGGGCUCACUCCCAGUCUGGGUCUGCUGCAGAUAGUUAAGCAGUAUGUCAAAAUCCCCAUCUACGUCAUGAUACGGCCCCGUGGUGGGGACUUCCUGUAUUCAGACCAUGAAGUGGAGGUGAUGAGAAAGGACAUAGAGCUGAUGAAGAGCCACGGGGCCGAUGGACUUGUGCUGGGAGCCCUGACAGAGGAUGGACGGGUGGAUGCAGAGCUCUGUAUGGAGUUUCUGGCUGCUGCUCGACCUUUACCUGUCACUUUCCAUCGAGCUUUCGACAUGGUUCAUGACCCAGCGGUUGCUCUGGAGACUCUGGUUUCAUUAGGAUUCCAGCGUGUGCUCACAAGCGGCUGUGACACCUCUGCCUUGGAAGGACUCCCUGUCAUUAAACGUCUCGUAGAUCAGGCUAAAGGAAGAAUUACCAUCAUGCCGGGAGGAGGUAUCACAGAGAGAAACCUGCAGAGAAUUUUAGAGGGGUCUGGGGCUCAAGAGUUUCACGGCUCAGCCCGCUCCAGUAAAGAUUCUGCCAUGAAGUUCAGGAACACCUGUGUGACGAUGGGAGCUGCUUUCUCAGCACCUGAGUACGGCCUGAAGGUGGCAGAUGUGUGCAAAGUCCGGACUCUGACUGCAAUAGCCAAAAACACAUUGUGAAUGGGUACUGUACAAUCAUGACAGUGGAAAAAACAGAUACCUCAAAUGUGAUUGUUGAUUUUUCUGGAAUGUCAUCAUUUUCACUAAAGCCCAGAUUAAGAAGAUAUUUCAUGUUUUUUUUUUCCUCAAUUUUUUAAUUAUUGAUCAGUCCUUUGUAAAAAAGAAAAACUCUCUGUGGAGUGUGAUGGAUAUUUUUUAUAUAUCGGUUUACACCUCUGUGUGGCCUCAGAAAAAGUGCUAAAUUAGCAGGGCCGCUGCUGAUUGAGUAAUCUAUUUUUACCCUUUUCAAUACAGUGGCGUUUCAAUUAUUUACAACACUCUUUGUUUAAAGUGGAAGAUACUAAACUGUGACCUCCUGUGAACGAGGAAAGAACUGAAUAAGCAUGACUUCAUUCAGUUUUCUCAGAAUUUACCCAAAGUUUUAAGAAAAAAUUAACAAUUCAGUGCACUUUCUCUGGUCGUACUCUCCUCUACACUGAGUAAAGAAACAGUCUCUCCUUCAUUUCAUUUAAUAAAUACGGUGUACUAA